CAAUCGGUCGAUAGCUCGAACUGUCUGGCAUCCACAUGCAGCAUAGUCUUAAAAACAUCGUUUCGUCAUUAAGCAGCUCUCGUUUUGUGUUUCAUUUUAAAAAUGGCAGACGUAGAAAAGGAGCCUGAGAAGACCAUCGCCGAGGAUUUGGUUGUUACCAAAUAUAAAUUGGCUGGCGAAAUUGUAAAUAAAACACUGAAAACUGUUAUUGGACUCUGUGUGAAUGAUGCCUCCGUCAGGGACAUUUGCACCAAGGGCGACAAUCUGCUGACCGAAGAAACCGGCAAAGUGUACAAAAAGGAGAAGGAGCUGAAGAAGGGUAUCGCAUUUCCAACAUGCCUGUCGGUCAACAAUUGUGUCUGCCACUUCUCGCCAGCUAAGAACGAUGCCGACUACACGCUCAAAGUGGGCGAUGUGGUUAAAAUUGAUAUGGGCGCCCAUAUUGAUGGCUUCAUUGCAGUGGCAGCGCACACAAUUGUCAUUGGCGAUGGCACGGAUCAGAAGAUAAGCGGACGACAGGCUGAUGUCAUACUUGCCGCAUACUGGGCCGUCCAGGCGGCGUUGCGUCUACUCAAAUCCGGCUCCAACAAUUACUCAAUCACCGAUGCCGUGCAACAGAUCAGCGAGUCGUACAAGUGCAAGCCCAUUGAGGGCAUGCUCAGUCACGAGCUGAAGCAGUUCAAAAUCGACGGCGAGAAGACAAUCAUACAGAACCCGAGCGAGGCGCAACGCAAGGAGCACGAGAAGUGCUCCUUUGAGACGCACGAGGUCUAUGCCAUCGAUGUAAUCGUCAGCAGCGGCGAGGGCGUGGGACGCGAGAAGGACACAAAGGUAUCGAUUUACAAGAAAUCCGAGGAGAAUUACAUGCUCAAGCUGAAGGCGUCGCGAGCGCUGCUCGCCGAGGUGAAAACCAAGUAUGGCAACAUGCCCUUCAACAUCCGCAGCUUCGAGGAGGAGACCAAGGCGCGCAUGGGAGUCGUCGAAUGCGUAUCGCACAAGAUGAUUGAGCCCUUCCAAGUGCUGUACGAGAAGCCUUCUGAGAUUGUGGCACAGUUCAAGCACACGGUAUUGCUCAUGCCCAACGGAGUCAAUCUGGUCACCGGCAUACCCUUCAACGAGGACAUCUACGUCAGCGAACACAGCAUUGCACAAGCUGAGCUCAAGGAACUUGUCGCACAGCCACUGGGACCCGUUAAGGGCAAGGGCAAAGGCAAGAAAGCGGCUGCCAGCAACGUUGCUGCGGCGACAAAAGUGGACGCGGCGCCGGCCGUUGAGACCAAGGCAUAGAGUCCUGGGUACACCGUACAUAACACGCCGCCUUGAAGCAACAAUAAUGUGAACAAUUGCGCUGCCUACUGCUGCCGCCACAUCAGUUUUACUAUAUAAUUCGUUGAGUAGUAAAUCAGAGAAACCAUUUGACAACAUCAACCAACAACAACUCGUUUUCGUUCCAAGAACUUUUCCAUUCUAACAAGAACAAAAAAGAAACAAAUAAAAAUAAAUACCACUUAUGAGCCUUAUAGUUGGGCCUGUAAAGUUGGAUUUGCAGCCAGAA